AUGGCGACCAGAGCGAUCACGAACCAUGCAGCAACGACCAUGAUCCCUUUGUCGCAGGAGGAAGAGAAGGGAUUUUACAACGCAAGCCAUGAUCUGAUUGUUGACUUUCUCACUCCCGCUUUGGAUGCUCCCUCCAGCACCACGGUUGUGAACAACCUCCAGUACAAGCUUGCCGUUAUGACCACGACAGAGGGGGUCAACUCAACGGCUCGCAAGGCCAUUUUUUCCUGCUCUGCGGUCAUCCUGAACCUUGGUGACGUCCCACGAGUGCGCAUGACAAGGGACUCGAACCGGACCCGUCUCUCCCUCGGAGCACAGGCCUCAGUGGUCGCUAUCCUGGCUGCAACCUCCACAGACCCGGGGCAGGUGGCGGCGGCUGUGUCGGGACACCACGGGUAUCAGAUCUCGGCGCUGGCCUUCCCGCCUCCUCCGAGCGUUGGCAAACUUGAGGCACUCUUCAGUGAGGGCUCUGACACCCCCAUCGCCGAGGCCCAUGCAGCCCUGGUCGACGCUGACCUCGGCACGAUGUGGCGCGGAUCCAAGAUGGUCAGCCUGACCAUGCUUGCACAGAUCAACGGGCCCGGGAAGACUGCGGCGGCACUCCACAGCCUGGCGGCAUUCAAGGGAGCAAAUCCGUUCAAGGGCAAGCAGGCAGCCACAGGAGCAGGCACUGACGCCUCCGGUGCUCAGGGAGAGGGCGUGCCUGUCGCCCCCUCCAUCCCCCAGGGAGUGGGGGAGCCCUCGGAGGCGCUCGCCGUGGUAUCCACGGGAUCCGUGACCAGCCUGUCCCCCACUGAUGAUGCGGAGGAUGUCCCUGACAUCUCGGACCUGGACCCCAGUGCGGACGCGGACAGGAUCGAUGAGCUCUUCAUGGAGGCCAGAGAGGCCAUGGAGCAGCAGUACCCUAGUGGGACCCUCGCAGGUGAGGAGGAGACCUCUUUCGUACAGGCCAUGCUCUACUGCUCGUACAUCCUGCUGGCUCCCGAUGUCCCGCCAACUGCCAUCAGCGCUGAGAAGUUCUUCACGAUGGUGAAGUCCGUGACCCUCCCGUUGACCCUCGGGACGGAGCUCACAGUUGUCGCCAACAUGCUUGUGAAUGUCCUCGGGAAGAAUGUGGGCAACCUGUCUGGGACCCGCCUUGUGAAGGCGCAGGAUUACAUGAACAAGAGGAGCUUCAACUAUGCAACCAUCUGUGGGACCGCAAUGGCUCCGGUGGACUCAGUCUUCGCUCUGCCCGCCUCUCCCCGGCAGGCGAACCAGGUGACUUCUAUGAUGGACAAAGGCGCGAUGUUGCAGACCAUCGGCCUCCGGUACCUGCGAGAGAAGCUGGCGUCAACGAACCAGUUUGAGUCCAGCUUCGCCUCCAAGACGGCGUUGCUCCUUCGCUAUGCACAUCGGACCCACUUGCAGCAGCUGGUUGAGGUUGGCACACUCUUGUUCCCUGCCAUCUUUGAGACACCAGAAGGAGCCGUGAUCGCCCGCCGCAUGCGGCUGGCCAUGCGAGACCACUCCACGGUUCUUGACCCUGGGCUCUUCCCUUUCAGCGGGUUCGCCAAGACCCCCGGGCAUGAGUACACGCAGACCAAGCACCUGGGUGCCCCCGGCGCAGCCGUCUUUAAGUACGUGAACAAGAAGGGCACGCGGUGGGAGGACUUCGCUGAUGUGGAGUACAUUGCAGAGGAGUCCCAGGUCCAUGACCUCCUUGUGCUGAUGGACGGGCUCCGACCGACAGUCUCCCGAUUCGGCGCCAGUGGAGCCAGGCCCUCAGGAGUGAUCGCAGCAUUCAACCAAGAGGCGGCGGAUGAGGGCCAGAACACCACGGCAGCCCCGGGUGGUGUCCCGACCCUCGCAGAGCUGGCCGGGGUGAGGGCCACCCCAGGGAGCUGA